GUGUCUGUCAGAACAAAAAACAUAUAUCAUCAAAUGUCACUGCUCUGCCAAGGAGAUAGUGCCCCUGGAGUCAACAAAGUGAACAGAUAUAUUGUACCUCAUUGUCUGUCUGAGCUAUAGAAUAUAUAGACCUGAAUUAUACCAAAUUGCACGUCUGGCUGCCUGGGCUCCGAACAAUACACCUGUGUAGGCGUCUGGUUCCGGUGACUGUUUUAUACAAUACACAGGUGUGUAGACAGGUGAACUACAGGUAUGUGGUCCACUUCCUGGGAGCUUUUAAUCAUCACUGGUUAAUUACAAGGUGUGCGGGUAUCUCUUGACCACAGACUUGAAGUGACCAGUGAGGAAGGAAGAUGCGAGACACUUGUGCUGGUUUUGAAAUUUGGAUCUAGGAUAUACUUGACUUAAAUAUCGAUGGGUCACCUUUGACUGGAACUUUCAACUGACCAGUUGUGUUGAUGUGGGACAGUGAAUUGGUGGUGUGAAAUUCAAAUAGGAAAGGCUGUAAUGGAGAGUUGAAGUAAGCGAAAUAGGGAAAUAACAAGUAUUGUUGGAUUUGGUGACCACAGAUUUCUACAGAGCUGUAUGCUGCAAUAGAUAGAAGAACAGGAAUGCUGGUAUUAGAUUCAUAUAGCACAGACCAUACAUGAGAAUAAAGGAUAAUAUUAUCAGUGCAAAACUUACAAAUACUGAAGCCCUGUCAUUGGAAAGUAAUGGUCAUUGUGACAAACGGCUAUACAUUGGACAUUCAACUUUCAGUCUGUUGGCAGCUGUGACGAGACGGUGAUAAACUUAUCCUCUUCUUUAUGAUUAUAUUCUAGUAUAUUUAUAACAGAAGAAUACAUUAACCUUAACCAAUAAUUACACACACUGCUGAUUAAGUUUCAUGCUGGUUUCAUAACUACGACUUAAUUUACCAGGAGAAAAGCCAUUAUAUUGUACAGCUGAACUGAUUUCACCCAUGUUUGUGGCUGUGUGGAUGUUUUCCAAUAGAUCUCAUGAAAGGAUCAUUUUAAUAGACAUUUACAUAAAUAUGUGGAUUGAUUUCCAAAAAGGAGCAAAAAUUUAAAGUUAGUGUUCAGAAAGAAGAAACUCGAAAAGCUUUACCAGUUUGUCUUGAGCAAAGAUAGAGAAAACUUAAUCUUUAAUUACCACCAUCUGGGACUAGGUAAUCAUCUUGCCAUUUAUUUUUAAAUGAUCAUAUUAGAAACCUGUGUUGAAAUAUCUGGGUUACACACACACAUCCUCUUCUUGUGGAUUUGCAAUUACUUGUAUGACAUCAUCCACAUAUGGGGACUGUCACAUUAGAAGGUACGAGCAGUUUGGAGACAAUGACAGGUCAUUAGUCACUGCUGGUACAGAGAAGAUAGAGCUACAUCGGCCCUGACAUCCAGCGUUGACAAUAACAGGAAGCAUCUUUCUUUGCCACAUCCAACUGCAGAUCUCUAAUCAUCACAGCACAGCAAUUAUUACCAUUGAUUUAUCUGCUAUUUUGUCUGGAUAAUUACUGCUGGAUAUGUGAUAUCUGCCUGUACUGGUGGGAAAGGUAGUUGUGGAUGUAGUAUUAUGUAGGAAGAACUACACAGGAUAAAACUUUGUCGUCAGUGCUAGAUAAAAUAAAAAUACAGAGGAUAGCACAGGAUUUGUUUUGGAUUAUAAACAGACACUUUGCAAUUGUCAAUAAUAUUCAGGAGACAGAUGUCUCUGGAUGAUAUACGAUGGAUAUUUAUUGUUGAUUAUUGAAUCAUAUAUGUAAUGAGUAGCAUCGCAGUUUCUUCCAUGCAAAACAGUUGGGUUUGCAAAUAAUAGUAGGACAAGGGAAUUUUAUGUGCAGUUGCACUUUUUUUUGUUACUCAUUUUGCAUUAACUGGAUGACUUAUACACUGUUACUGAUUUAUUUCGCAAGGCACAGCAUGUACAUUGAGUCUGUUUUGUAUUCUGAGUACAGCUAAGAAGUCAAAAGUUUAGCCUGAAGACACAUGGAAAACAGUUACAAAACCGACAGAUCAUAUACCGUGAGAGCUUGUGUUUGUGUGUUGAAGGCAAGGACGAGAUCCAUUAGUGCUGGUUGCAUUGUUGCAAAGGUUUUCUGUCAUAUAAGGUGAAACAUUUUUUUGUCAAAGAAUCUGCUGGAUUGAUUGGAAGAUUUUUAAGCUUCCUUUUGACAGGGCAAGCCUAAGGAGACUCUGAUGCGUGAGGUGCUUGAUCCACACAAGUGAAUGAUUUGCUGGUUUGUUUGCAGAACUGCUGCCUUUCCUUCACUGAAAGGUGUUCAUAGUUUGAAUCUUGGAAUAGCUUAUGGCUAUACCUAAAGCAUUGUUGGAGAUAACUUCGAGGUUCACUACAUUUACGGGGAAGAUCAAGACACAAAUGUGAAGUUAUGCAUUUGUUUCUGUUGUAACAGUAUUUCUGAAGAACGAUAUUUCCGCUGCUCCUAGGGAACAAGAAAGUGAUAUUUACACAGGACUUUUUGAAUCUUAAGCUGUAGAGACACGCUUCUGAGUAUUCUGUACAGGAGUUGAGAGAGAUUUUAGUUCAGGAAAACACUGUUGCAGUCUCCAGGUGGACGUAUCUGGUGUUUGAAAUAUCGCAGGAUUUUUGAUUGUGCAGAUUAUGUUGAAGUCGCUGAGAAUAAAGAUGGGACAGCCCCAUUCCAAGACACACAAAUAUACUAGGUGUGGUAGGAGGAUAAAUAAUGUGAAGUUGACAGGUAAAGAUGGUAACAAGGUUACCACGGUAGUGGCGACCCCUGGUGUGGGUCCUGAUCGCCCUCAAGAAGUCUCCUACACAGACACCAAAGUGAUUGGCAAUGGCUCCUUCGGUGUGGUCUACCAGGCAAAGCUCUGUGAUAGCGGAGAUUUGGUGGCUAUCAAAAAGGUUUUACAAGACAAGAGAUUUAAGAAUCGUGAACUCCAGAUAAUGAGAAAGUUAGAACAUGUAAACAUAGUCAAAUUAAGAUUUUUCUUCUACUCCAGUGGAGAAAAGAAGGAUGAAGUUUACCUGAAUUUAGUGCUUGAAUUUGUCCCAGAGACCGUGUACAGGGUAGCACGCCAGUACAGCAAGCAUAAACAAACUAUACCUAUAUUGUAUAUAAAGCUAUAUAUGUAUCAACUGUUCCGCAGUUUAGCUUACAUCCAUUCGCAAGGCGUGUGUCACAGAGAUAUCAAGCCACAGAAUCUGCUUCUAGAUCCUGAAUCAGGAGUUUUAAAAUUAUGUGACUUUGGAAGUGCAAAGGUCCUAGUGCGUGGAGAGCCCAAUGUGUCCUAUAUAUGUUCCAGAUAUUAUCGAGCCCCAGAACUUAUAUUUGGUGCUACUGACUAUACAUCACAAAUAGAUGUGUGGUCAGCAGGUUGUGUCUUAGCUGAGCUCCUCCUUGGUCAGCCAAUUUUCCCUGGAGACAGUGGGGUGGACCAACUUGUAGAGAUAAUCAAAGUUCUCGGAACUCCCUCAAGGGAACAGAUCCGGGAAAUGAAUCCAAAUUACCAAGAGUUUAAAUUCCCACAAAUCAAGGCACAUCCAUGGACAAAAGUGUUUCGGCCUCGCACACCUCCUGAAGCAAUUAACCUGGUGAGUCGUUUACUGGAGUAUACGCCAGGCGCACGGAUAUCACCGCUAGAAGCCUGCGCACACAACUUCUUUGACGAAUUGCGAGAUCCAAAUUGCAGGCUGCCAAAUGGAAGGGAGCUCCCACCUUUAUUUAACUACACCCCUCAAGAACUGGCAAUUCAGCCUUCACUGAAUGCUAUCCUAGUUCCCGCUCAUGUCCGCCAGCAGCAACAGGAAUCACCUGCCGCCCCUGCGGUCAGUCCCCCUCAACAGAAUGACACUAGCAGUACCCCUGGGGCUGAGGCCACUCCCCCAGGGGCGGCUGCUACAGGGGGAUCGGCGUGAUGAAGGCGACACACCCCCUGGUUCAUUACACUGAGACACUUACAUACUUGGAGAAAGAGAGUACCCGAUUGUGUAUAUCCUCAUUUUAAAGCAAGGCUGGGAUUUAUAUUCUGUGUGUAUGAAUGUCUUCUGAGAGCUGUAGACAAUGUUUGUUUGUUUGUUUGUACACAGGAUAUGUGUACCAGAACCUGGAGUACGUGUAGGAUGAUGGGUUUUAGUUAUGAUCAGAAUGGUUUCUUGGAAGGAUUGAAGAGGAUUGGAAAAACAUGAGCUGGAAAGCCUUCUGGGAGGCAAGACCAAGGGAGAAAAAAAAUUCAAAUUCUCAGGCUGUCUUGUUCAGGUAGCAGUUCUAGUUGUGUGCCUGCUGCUGCCUGCAAGCUCCCAAUGUCUUCAUCUGGGACAGCUGAUGAAUAGUGUCAGACAUCACGGGGGACUUGGGGACACAUUUGUUUUAAUUGUUUAAUCAUCACCAUCAACAAUAAAGAAGGAAGUGCACACGGAUUCAGUUCAGUUGCAUUAGUUCCGAAGAGCAUUUUGUAAAUCCUUAUAGGAAAUUGUUGUAAUUGACCUGAUCUUGAGUAUCAGUGAAGAGGAUGGAUCCAGUUAUGGUCAUUAAGAAAAUCCACAAAGAAAAGCAGCCAUAUAGAGCGAGUGUGUUAGUUGUGACGGAAAUGCAACUCUGUUGCGAUGGUGGAGACAGCCAGUGAGACCAACCCAGCUCAGUGUGUGUGUGUGUGAUGUGGCUAUAGUGACCCCUAAUCAUGCCACUGCCAUUGGUUGCAAGAUACUGUUCCAUAAAUAAGGUUGGACAUGCACAAACUUUUACGAAGUGACAGUCCUGGUGUGUUUGGAUCAGUGAAUGCAGGCUCUGUAUUUAUACACCUAUAAAUAUGUACUGCCGUGUAAGUAGUACUGGAUGGAGAAAAAGAAACGAGUUGCGGAGCUCUCUUUUUGAAGAAACUAACAAGAUGAAGUAUGUUGGGGGGGGGGGGGGAAUUUAUUGAUAAAUAGGCAGUGAAACCAGUGUCUGCCUUUAUAUACAGGGUGUUUUCUUAAUUUUAGCAUAAACUGAAACUUUUUUCUGUAAAGGAAAGUACUUUAAGAAGUAUGCUGGAGGCCUCUGCUGGCUAAGAAAUUAAUGAAUUUAGGAUGGGGAAUGAUUGGUCCUCAUAAGAAUUUCCUGUAACAAUUUUUCCUUUUAUUUUGGAAAAUAACUUGAGACUCAGUAUACAGUGGUGGUAAGUUCCAUCCAAAGUUGUAGUGGUUUUAUGGAGAAACAAAAAAGGAAAGAAGACAAGAACAUUUUUAUGUUGAUUUUAUUGCUGAAUAUAAGUGUAGAUGUCUGUGAACGUAUGUUUGUAUGUAGUCAUGGGAAGUGAACCACAUAGGCCAUUGAUUGCCAUAGAAGCUGGAACAGGAACUUGAAUUGGCUAGCAUUUAUUUCUUUGUUCUCCUUAGUGUUGUUAUAUUUUCACCAUCAAGUUAUAAUAGUAAUGCUUGUUACAGGUAACUAAGGGAAACACCUGAAAAAGGUGUGAUUCUCUCCCCCACUAUCUGUGAUUCUUCUUCUGCGAAGGCAGAACAAUACCUCCCCCUAGUUUUUACUUCUUAAAAUGAUAUAAGGUUGCAAUUGGUUUUAAACCUCAGUUUUGUUUUGGCAAUGGCAAUGAUGUCUCUGGUGUUGGCUACUCUAUAAUUAAUGAAUUGCAGGUGAUUAAAUAUAUUACUCUUUUAAACUAUUUUUAAGCAGGAAAAUUUGCUUGAAUUGUAGGAUGGGGAGUGGGCACGGUUUCAGUUCAGAGAUACUCCCCCCCCCAUGAUUAUAGUUUUUAUAUUGCAUGUAUUGAAUAACACGGGGUGCCUUGUGUUUUCAGGGUAACCGUGUCAAUUUCAGUCUUAUGUUUUAUGCGCAAGCACAUCAAACUUGUGUUCCAUGCGGAAUAUGAAAGUAAAACUUUCCCAGAAAUGGGAGCUGGAAUUCAAAGUUUGGUGAAGUUUACAAUUGUUGGAAUUGUCAUUUAUUUCUGAUGAAUUAAUUACUCUUUUUGAAGCUCUGGCUUAAUUUGUUAUAAACAGAUAUCUGAAUUGAACUUGGGGUCAUUGUUUCACUGUGAAAUCUAAGUUUACUCACCUGAAUUAUAGCCUACAAUAUGGCAUAUUAUUGUUAUUUUUAAAAUUUGAUCAGAACUUAGAUCAACUGAAGAGUACUUCCUGCUACAUAAUGAUAAUGCGACGACUCUGAGGCAGUUUUAAAUCAUUUUGGAUGGAAUUUAUGCUGGGACUUCCAAUAGGAAAAUGCUUUUUUUUUAUCCAAAUGACGGUUAGUGUUCAUUAAAUUGUAUAUUACACCUGGGAGGCAAGGAGUAUGUGUUCACAGUUUGUUUAAUAUUUGUGAACAGAACCGAGUGGGUGGAGUGUGAACUGUGGGGUGAAUCCUAACAUGGUUGUUCUUGCACUGUUUCUACAGGGCUGAUAUAGACCAUAAAUUGCACCAACUCAGAAUGGCCAAAUUACCGGGAAAAAAAAGAGACCAGUUCACUGUUUAAAAUUAUCCUGGUCUAAAGGCAUCUCAAGAGCAAGCCUGGCAGCAAGAAAGGUAUCUGCUUCACACUUUACUGGAGAUAUAGCAUAAGGUACAGCAGUCAUCUCAUUGAUGUAGAACCUGUCAUCCAUUUGUUGUUCUCAAAUGACCAAAUUGCUCAGUACACUGGAUAAAAGAUGGGACACAAAUGUGAAAAUACACCACUUCGAAUAUAGCUGAUGAGUUUUAGCCAAAGGACAGAUUAACACCGCUCUACAGCUCACACCGUAUUCACUCACAACUGUUCACACUGCAUGUAGAAAAUGUGAGCUUGAAAACUGAAACCAUUCAUUGUACUAUAUCAUCUUAACGCCUAUAGCAUGAGGUUCAUACGUCUUUGUCAUAAACCCACCCCCUCUCCUCUGGGAAUGGA